CGUCACUCGAGUGCCAUACUAAACAUUGCACAAUGUUUAAAAAUACAUAUCAAAAUGGCUUGUUAUCAAUAUUUUACAGUUGCGGUUCAAACCCAUUAGCAAUAUGGGAUAUGGAAGUACAAAAUGGCCACAUAAAGCGAUUAACAGAUACGGAAGUGAACUCCAUAGUCCUAGAAAUAGUGAGUACGAAUGUUGCAACCACAUUUAUCACUUGUCCGAAGGGAAAUCAAGUAUUGGGAAUUAAAUUACCAUUCCUUGUUAUGAUAGUGAAAAAUUUGAAGCGAUAUUUUUCAUUCGAAAUCACUAUUCUCGAUGACAAGAAUCUGAGGAGGCGAUUUAGAAUUUCAAACUUUCAAUCAACGACGAAAAUCAAACCUUUCUGUACGAGCAUGCCGAUCGGGCUGUCGGGAGGCUGGAAUCAGAUUCAGUUCAAUUUAGCUGAUUUUACAAGGCGGGCAUAUGGGACACAGUUUAUUGAAACCCUACGCGUGCAAAUUCAUGCUAAUACUCGAUUAAGGAGGAUUUACUUUAGCGAAAGAUUAUACUCGGAGGAUGAGUUGCCUCAGGAUUACAAACUCUAUUUGCCGUUAGAGCGGAAGCAGAAGAAAGGUAAGGUGGGGAAGAAAGACGAAGCGCCACCACCGCCACCCCCACCAGAUAAAGCUGCGCCUAUUCCUCCUGUGGUGGAAGAAAUUAAGCCACCGGUUGCUUCUGAGACACCAAAAGAGGAAGCACCAGAGACUCCAGCCCCCGUAACUCCAGCCACGCCUGAGCCAGAAGAUAUAAAGCAAGAGCCGAUCGAAUCUCCUGCACCUGAAGAGCAACCUGCUACCGAGCCUGAUGCAGCCCCAGAGGCCGCAGGAGAAGCUCCAGCAGAAACUGAAGAGGCCCCAGAAGCACCAUCUGAAGCCCCAGCCGAAGAGCCAGCCGUAGCGGAGGAGUAAAUUAGUUUUAUAGAAAGGUCUCUUUUAUUAAUUAUCUUUCUUUGUACUUACUGUGUAUCUACUUCGAUAUAUUAUAUUUCUUGAAAGUUUUA